CUGCGCGCCUCCCAAACUCGGCUGCGCUGUCCAUGGCGGCCCUCCUUUUCCCCUGCGGCCGGAGGAAGCUGCAGAUAUGGCUGCUCAGGCGGUGGGGCAGAAGAGCGCGGUAGCGGUGAGCGCCGCGGGGAGGCACACGGCUUCUGUGAUCUUCCUCCAUGGCUCAGGUGAUACUGGUCAAGGUGUAAGAGACUGGAUCAAGCAAGUUUUGAAGCAAGAUUUGUCUUUCCGACAUAUAAAAGUCAUUUAUCCAACAGCUCCUGCCAGACCAUAUACACCAAUGAGGGGGUCUUUGUCCACUGUAUGGUUUGACAGAUACAAGAUCUCUAACGAUUGCCCAGAACAUACUGAAACCAUUGAUGUGAUGUGUCAAGCACUUAAAGGUUUGAUUGAUGAUGAAGUUAAAAAUGGCAUCAGGAAAAACAGGAUACUCUUGGGUGGUUUCUCAAUGGGUGGAAGCAUGGCAUUGCAUUUGGCUUAUAGAUACCACCAAGAGGUGGCCGGAGUAUUUGCUCUUUCAAGUUUCCUCAAUAAGAAUUCAGCUGUUUACCAGGCACUAGAGAAGAACGGAAGAGAACUCCCAGAGUUGUUUCAGUGUCAUGGAACUGCUGAUGAACUGGUUCUGCAUUCUUGGGGAGAAGAAACCAACAAGAUGUUAAAAGCUCUUGGAGUAACAAGUACAUUUCUAAGUCUGCCAAACCUUUAUCACGAACUGAGCAAAAGUGAGCUAGAAAAACUGCAAUCUUGGAUUUUGAAAAAAUUGCCUGAAGAGCCUUGAUCAAAGAACAAUAAUGGAAAAUGCCAUAAUGUAGCAAAAUAGUAUUUUUGCUUAGUACUAUAUGGAAAGGGAAAUGUUUGGGAAUACAAUGUUUUCUCCAAAAUAUAUAAAAUACGGUAUUGAUAAUUUUAUACAGUGUAUUUCAUCUCU